AAACAUCGCUGAAUAAACAUCUGUGUCACGAUUCGAGGAAAUAGAUGUAACAUGCUCCAUCAUCCACUGCCUAAAGAUAAAUCUAUGACGCUGACAGGCAUAUAUCUAUUACGUGACACGCGUAAAUGUGUAAAUCAAAUUCCAAAGUCUUAUCUCCGCUUCUCAUCAUUUGGCUUCUCAUUCUGACUGAUGUCUCGCGAGUGAACGAAACGAGCGGAGGAAUCAUGACAACUUUGACGAAUUUGCCGCCUAUAGCGAGGCUCUCCAGCAAAGUGAUUCGGAUCCUGGGAUGCAACCCGGGGCCGAUGACAUUACAGGGCACCAAUACUUAUCUCGUGGGGACAGGGCGCAGACGUGUACUAGUCGAUUCUGGAGAAAAGAAAACAGCUGACGCCUACGUAAAGCUUUUAAAUAACGUUCUGAAAGAGGAAAACGCGACCGUCGAGCACUUGGUGGUCACCCAUUGGCAUCACGAUCACAUUGGAGGUGUGGAAUCUGUGCGGAACUUGUUGAAGAGUCUGUUUCCCUUGGACAAGCAACCCACUGUGUGGAAACUGCCACGAUCAGCAAACGAUGAUGACAGCUCGAACGAUGAGAAGGCUAUCCAGUGGAAGCCUCUGAAGGACGAGCAAGUGGUGGAAGUCGAAGGGGCGAAGCUCCAGGUGAAAUACACCCCAGGACAUACUAGCGAUCAUAUUUGUCUACUGUUGCAAGAUGAAAAUAUCCUAUUUAGCGGCGAUUGCAUCCUCGGAGAAGGCACAUCGGUCUUUGAGGACCUUCACGAUUACCUGUUGUCCUUGGAUAAGAUCCUGGAGAUGCAGCCCAAGAUAAUUUAUCCAGGCCACGGACCGGUUCUGAAUGAUCCAUUGCCGCGUAUAGAGUAUUACAUCACUCAUAGGAUACAGAGAGAAAAGGAGAUUCUGCGAAUACUGGAAGAACAGGAAGAUAAACCAAUAACUGGGAUAGAAAUUGUUAAAUUGAUGUACAAGGAUAUGCCAGACAAGUGGCUUAUUGCAGCAUAUACUGUGGAACAGCAUCUUCGCAAACUACAAAAAGAGGGAAAAGUUUUACAAGAGCAAGAAGGUGGCUGGUGGAGAGUUAAAGGCAAAUUAUGAACAUAUUGUUUAUAGAGUAGCUAGAAAAUUAAAAUUAAAAAUACAAAGCAAGUUGCGAAACAAAGGACAUAUUAAAGUAUAGAUUAUAGCAAUUGUAAACCUGUAAGAGGUCAUAAUUAUUAUAUUUUAUAAAUAUAUAUAAAUUUUAUUAAAAUAUAUAUAAUUUUAUAAGAGAAAUUCUGACCGUGAAAGCUUCUAAUGUGAAUCAUUGAAAAGAUAAAAAAAAAACAAAAAAAUAGAAAAUAGUUACGCGAUUAAUUGUAAACGAGAUAUAUUGUGAAACAUUUAUUCAACUCACAGAAGUAAAUAAUGAUACAUCGUUAAGAAUUUCUCUCUGUCCAAGUUAGGCUCAUAGCUAUUAUCAUUAAUGUGCGCACAGCGAAUAGAGUACACGUUUACGACAAUUUCACAAGGUAUAUAUCGCAAGCGGUACACAAGUUACCUUUUCUUUUUAGGCGAACCAUUAGUCAUCGCGUGCGACUACAUAUACAUUACAACGGUCAAUAUAAAAUAUAUAUAAUAUAUAUAUAUAUAUAUAUAUAUAUGUAUAUAUGCGUGUAUAUACUUGGCUAUAAUGUUGUUGUCGCGACACAAUAAAUGUUUCGUUAUA